GAUGAUUACAAUGCACACAGGACCAGGAUCAUCCCGAGGUGGGACUGCAACUCUGGAGCAUCAAGAGGAAGAGAAAGGCGCACCGGGGAGAUAAGUGCUGCUGCGCCGACUUGGAGUGGACAUAUUUGGGCACUUUUUACGCACCCAUGUUACGCACUGGGACUAACUGGAUUUAAGGACAUAUAUCGAUAUUUGUGUAUUUUAUGGAAUGAAACACAUGUCAACAUGAUACACCAUAUAAAGUAUAUCCUGUGGUUAUACUGUCUCUGUGAAGCUGCAACUGUGACAGCCUUCAACACAUUAUCGAUAAUCAAACCGGUCACUGGGUCGCUCUCGGGGAAGGUCAGUCUUCCCUGCUUCUUCUCCAUCAUCCCAACCUCAGCACCGGUGAUCAGUCCCAAUGGAACUGUCGUUUAUAGCAGAGAUUACUUGCGGAUCAAAUGGACCAAAAUAAAUGGAGAAAAUGAAUCCACAGUGCUGGUGGCGCAGAAUGGCGUCAUCAAAAUAGGCUCCAUCUACAGGAACCGUGUAUCAGUGCCCAGUCACCCUGAGGAUGUAGGUGACGCCUCGUUGACAAUGGUCAAGCUGCGUGCCAGCGAUGCUGGCACCUAUCGAUGUGAGGUCAUGUACGGCAUUGAGGACACCCAGGAUACAGUUAACCUCGAUGUGGAUGGUGUUGUGUUUCACUACCGAGCAAACACCAGCAGGUACACUUUGGACUACCAGAAGGCUGUCAAGGCUUGCCAAAACAUUGGAGCAACCAUUGCUACAUAUGACCAACUGAAAGCAGCCUAUGAGGAUGGCUUUGACCAAUGUGAUGCUGGCUGGAUUGCCGACCAGACAGUGAGAUACCCCAUUAGAAGGCCAAGGGAGGGCUGCUAUGGCAACCUAAAGACCGCACCUGGCGUUAGGUCAUAUGGGACCAAGAAACCCACGGACACCUAUGAUGUAUACUGUUACGUAGACAGACUUGAUGGUGAAGUGUUCUAUGCUCCCGUGACCCAUAAGAUGACUUUGGAGGAGGCCAGUGCAGAGUGUAAGAAGAGGAAUGCAGUCCUGGCAAGCCCCGGCCAGCUCCACGCUGCCUGGCGAAAAGGUCUGGACAGAUGCGACUAUGGCUGGCUCUCUGAUGGCAGUGUACGACACCCUGUUGCAAGAGCCAGGAUGCAAUGCGGGGGAGGUUUACUCGGCGUCAGGACCAUGUACCGCUACAGAAACCAGACUGGCUUUCCAGAACCGACAAGGAAACUUGGAGCUUAUUGUUUUAAAGGAAUUUACUCGUGCACAGAAAAUAUCUGUCUGAAUGGAGGAUCUUGCUACAGGACUGGAAGCAUCUACGCAUGUACCUGUGCUCCAGGUUACAGUGGUCAUCGCUGCCAAACAGACAUUGAUGAGUGCCAGUCAAACCCCUGUCGCAACGGAGGUACAUGUGUUGAUGGGCUGGCUUCCUUCACAUGUGUGUGCCUCCCAAGCUACUCUGGGCUGUAUUGUGAGGAGGAUACAGAAACAUGUGACUAUGGCUGGCACAAGUUUCAGGGCCACUGCUACAAGUACUUCCCCCACAGAAGAAACUGGGACAAUGCAGAGAGAGAGUGUCGCAUGCACGGGGCUCAUCUUUCCAGCAUCAUCUCCCACGAGGAGCAACAGUUUGUCAACCGUCUUGGACAGGACUACCAGUGGAUUGGCUUGAAUGAUAAGAUGUUUGACAGUGACUUCCGCUGGACUGACGGCAGCCCUGUGCAAUAUGAAAACUGGAGGCCCAACCAGCCUGACAGCUUCUUCACUUCCGGCGAGGAUUGUGUCGUGAUGAUAUGGCAUGAGGACGGCCAGUGGAAUGAUGUUCCUUGUAACUACCACCUCACCUACACAUGUAAAAAAGGCACAGUGGCCUGUAACCAGCCCCCUCUGGUGGAGAAUGCCCGUACUUUUGGCAAGAAACGUGAGAGGUAUGAGAUCAACUCGCUGGUGAGGUACCAGUGCCGAACCGGCUUUAUUCAAAGGCACCUCCCAACUAUCCGUUGUCGUGGGGAUGGACAUUGGGAUAGCCCUAAAAUCACCUGCAUGAACCCAUCGAGCUACCAGAGGACCUUCUUCAGAAGACAUCAACACAACAGUCUCUACAGUAUUCACAACUUCAAACCAAGGCCGGAUGAGGCCUUACACUUUCACCAUCCGCUCUACCGGGGAAAAAGAGACAGGACUGAUCGUAAGCGGCAGAGAUAGUAAAAUGCCAUGUGACAUGGCACAGCUUCCCCGAGAUGAGAACACAUGGCUGAUGCUUGUGUGGAAAGAGGAGAAGGAUUCCCCAAGGAAAGCACGAGAGACAACUCAUCAAAGAAACCAAGAGGAUAACCUGCAGUUUUCUUGCAUUUUGGAUGAUGAUGAUGGAAUUUUAUGAAGUGCCUUUUAAAUAUAUGUUGAGACAUGACUUUCCUUAUCAAGGGGCACUGUUUUAUAACAAUGCAAACGCGGAUACAAAAAACUUUCAGCUGGCUACUGGAAGAGCAAAAAGUACACUCUUUGUUCUUUUAACUGCGGGAGUUUGUUCUGUGUCCUUAGCUUAUCAAAUAAUACACUCACGCCUGUUGUCUAAUACCUUUAUACACCAACUGUGCUAUUUAAAAUCACCGUAAGUGUUCCUUAUUCAUAGAAAAAAGAAAGGUGUUGUGAAAUCAUAGCGCUUAUGUUGUGUAAAGGAAUCCAUUAUGUUGUCGUGCUGUUUUAAGCUGGACUUCAUUUUAAUGAGCAUGCGUGCAUAUGCAUAUAUACUGAAGUCCUCAAAUGUUUAAGUGUGUUUAUUCUAUGUCAAGAAAUGAUCAGUACACAAUUGGAGGCACUGGUGGCAAUAAUUAACCAUACAAAGGACUUAUAGUUGAAUAUUGUAUCACAUUCUUUCAGAACUGUAAACCUUUGUUUAAGAAAAACAAAUCUUUCUCCAGUGUUCAAACCUAAUCAGCAGGGUUUCUAAGCUUUGCUCGUGGUUGCUAUUUUGAUUUUGGAUUAACAAGACACCCAUGUCUGGGGGAAUUUCACCAAAUUGCUCAAUUGACUGCUGGAGAGCUUCUUUGUAGCAGCAGCUUUCAAAGUACCAAAUUACCACCUUUCAUUAACUCCAGCCGUCAAUGCGUGUCAUCGAUGUCUUGUCAAGAUAGAUGUUUAUGAAUAGAUUUCUAUACAGAGAAUUUUUAAAAACAUAUUGAUAUUUCUUUUGUGUGAUUUUUUUUUUUUUUUUUUUUUUU